AUGCAGGAGGCCAUGAUGCACACGCCCACCAAGCGCGUGGGUGCGUUGCGGAGGAGUCCGAUUUCAUCUGCUUUUGCUUUGCUCUGCUUUGCUCUAUACAUCGAUGUUGAGCGGACGGGGACGUGCGCUCUUGAAGGCGAUACAGGAGAAGCUCUCGAACGAUCCAGAUGGCAUCACCAUUGUUGUCCCAGCGCCCUUGAAGAGAGGAAUGAGCUCGCAUCCUGCAAGGGGCGCAAAUUAGCUGCCUCUGCGGCAGCAAUCGACGUCCAGGCAAAACGGUUGGAGCAGACGUUCAAACUAUGCCUGGAAGAGAUCCGACCAAACCCUCUCGCAGCUAAAUCGCUCAUCGCCCUCUACGCUUUCGGUUCCCAUUCUCUCGAGGCACAGCUCGCUUCAGAACAGUCUAUCUCGCACAACAUACUCUCUCAGGCGACCGAGCGGGUUUCGACGACGCUCAGAUUCGCUGAUGAGCUCCAUUUCUGGGAGGCGGCGCUGCCGUUUCCGCCACAAGCCCGGCCUUCCUACGCUUCUGUGCUGGAUCAACCAUGCCGCUGCUAUGUUCUUCUUACUGACACUCCUCGCCUUGUUCCUCCAAGCAGGAGCAAGCUGCCAACUUCGCUUGCGGUGGACUUCCAAGAUGGAGACGGCAAAUACACAUCAUACGACGUCAAUUAG